UCGACCGCGCUGGUCUUCCUAUGUACAACGCAGUAAGCGGAGGCUGGCGUCCGGCGGGCGGAGCUUAACCGGGGCGUUUGCCGUGCGCGCGGAGAGCUCCGGAAGAGCGUGCGGGGUUGCAUGGUAACCCCCAUAGAGGAUCGGAGAGCGUGAUCUGGGUGAGAAGGAGAUCGCGGACCGGAAGGGCGGACGCGCUUGCCUAUAUGGCUUAGGUGGGCUGGAGAGCAUAAAAUGCUGAUGGACAUUUGCCCAUGGCCCUUGGGCAGCCCUGCGUUUUCAGCCAGCUGUGCUUGCAAGAUUCUCCAUCAUCUAAAUGGCUGCCAGUUGAGCUAUUUGCUUUGAUAACUAAAGAAAGCAUCAGACUAGCUAAUGAAUCAACCAUGUCCGUUGGGAAAAGUUUACAAAAUGAUCUCUCCAGAAGGGUAACUCUGUUGUGAAUUUUUUUUUUUUUUAAACUACCAUGAAAAUACUGUGACUUGAGCCUUGGUUCCUUAUGUUGACAUUUUGGCCUGCUCAGAAAUGUUUUUUGCAUUUUCAAGAAAAAAUGUGUCCCAGAAAUUGAGCUUACUUCUGCUGGUGUUUGGUUUUAUCUGGGGCAUAAUGUUACUGCGCUACACCUUUCAGCAUCCAAGGCAACAGAGCAGUGCUGAAUUGCGUGAACAAAUACUUGACUUAAGUAAAAGGUAUGUUAGAGCACUGGCAGAAGAAAACAAGAAUAUCAUGAAUGGUGGUAAUGGAGUCUCAAUGGCAGGAUACGCUGAUCUAAAACGAACGAUCGCAGUUCUUCUAGAUGACAUCUUGCAACGCUUGGUCAAACUGGAAAACAAGGUUGAUUACAUGGUUGUAAAUGGCUCAGCAACAAAUACUACAAAUGGGAACUUGAUGCCAGCAACUACAAGCAAACGGGUAAACAAAGUGAUUCUGACUCGUGUCUAGUUCUGUUACAAUAGGGAAAAAAACACAAACCAGUGGUUGGCAUGGAGGUCUGCAUCCUGUUGCAACAGGAAAUGCUGAAUACAGUUCUAACUUCUUUUAUAUCAAGCUCUAAAACCUUUUAAAGAUAGCUCUUUCAUAAAGCAACACUGUACAACAUCUUAUUUAAAAGAGAUGCUGGAAACAUAGCUAGUGUAGUAAGGAAAGUAGAUAAUGUGUACAUCCAUAUGUGAGGUUCUAUGAUAAUCAUGGAGAUUAUGAUCAUGAAAAAGAGGUAGAUUUAAUAUCUAAAUAUCUAUUUAAAUAUAAAUCUAACAUAUCUUUGGAAAUUUUAGCUUAAUCUUGUGACCUGGUUUACUAAUGCAUAGCAAUGAAGGAUAAUAUGAGCCUUUAAUAUGAGUGCUGGAAAUUUAUGUAUGUGUCAAGUAUAUUUUAACAUCACCUUUGGCUGAUUGAUUUCUACAAUGGAUAUCAUGUUGUGGAUAACAUCCUAAAAUGGUGAUCCAAAGAAUGUCUUUUAUUUGCACUAUCUGUGAAAUAGCUAGAGAGAAUGUAUUAAAAAUACUAUCGUUUGUAAAAGCUUAAAAGGGCGACCUGCCCAAGUGCACACACACUUGCUACAGAAUUAGGACGCUUAGAUGAUCAAAGAGAAUCUGUGAUGGUACAUAGCUGUUAACAAUAAAUAAAUGUAUGUAUUUAGCAACUGAAGAUAAAAACCUUAAGUGAUAGAAGCCACACUUACCAGGUAUUGAACACUGCUAGCUUUUCGUCCAUUGUUUUUUUGGUGAAUAUUUGAGUAUCCUACAGCCUAUGAUGAAUGUAACACUAGCUCUUAAGUUACUCUUUUUAAAGAAAACCAAGAGUGACAAGCUGAAUUUAGAUGAAGGGAAGCAAGACACCUUGAUACUUACUGAAAAGAUGAGCUAGAGGGGUACAGUCUCUCAGACACUGCUGCUUUGCAAUGGCCUUUUGAAUGAGUGUUGGUUGUGAAACAGUAGUAAAUCCUGGUGGAUUUGAACCCGAGCUCUUCCAUGGUGGACUUUAAAUUGAGUGGGAGCAAAGGUGAACAUUGCCUUAUAUCCACGUUAGCCUUAUAGCAGAGAAUUUGCAGCAAGGGUACACUAUGUUACACAGUGUGCUUUUUGUAUCCUAAAUUAUAAAAAUGAAGUGCCAGUCUUGAGUUUUUGCAUCUAUAUGGAAUGAUCUCUAAAGGGUUUGUUUUGGUAUUUUAUGCUUAAAAUAUGCUGUGUAGGUUUUUUGGUUUUUUUAAAAGAACUUUUAUUUAAAGGGAGAACAAGAUUUGCGGUGCUAGAUUAUAUACCGUCCUGAAUUAUUAUCCCUGCAGAUGAUUAUAGAAUCUGGAUAGAAUAAAAUAAAUAAAGUGAAAUAUAUGGUCAAA